UUAAUUAAGUAUCGAACUGAUAUAUAUUGAUUUGCUAGAGGACACGAAAUUGAACAUCAAGAAGCUUUUUUUGAAUCAAAAUGGCGUCUGGUCUUGGAAAGGCCGGAAAGAUGGUGACUGUGCUGAGCAUUGAUGGAGGUGGCAUCAGAGGGAUAAUUCCAGCCACCCUCCUCGGCUUUCUUGAAUCAAAGCUUCAGGAAUUGGACGGGACCCAUGUAAGAGUUGCAGAUUAUUUCGACAUAAUUGCAGGAACAAGUACAGGCGGGCUAGUCACCACCAUGCUUACAGCUCCCAACAAGGACAACCGUCCCAUGUAUACUGCAAACGACAUCACCAACUUCUAUUUAGACCACUGUCCCAGGAUCUUCCCCCAGAAGAGGGCCAGCUGUUCAAUGACAAGCAUGUUGGGUGCCAUGAUGGGGCCAAAGUACAACGGGAAGUACCUCCGGUCAAUGAUAAACGAGCUACUUGGCAACCUAACUUUGAAGCAGACCCUAACAAACGUGAUCAUACCAACCUUCGAUAUCAAGCUCCUUCAGCCCGUGAUCUUUUCAACCAAAGAUGCAAAACGGAAUGAUUUGAAGAACGCUAGGCUAGCAGAUGUUUGCAUCGGCACCUCCGCAGCACCCACUUUUCUUCCGGCACACUACUUCGAGACAAAGGAUGCCGAGGGAAACACCCGCUGUUUCGAUCUCAUUGAUGGCGGAGUUGCUGCCAAUAACCCUACUAUGAUUGCCAUAAGCCAGAUUUUGAAAGAAAUGUGCAAGUUGACGCAAAACACAGAGUUAAAUGAUAUAACACCAUGGGAGUUCAGCAAGGGAUCAAAGCUAGUUCUAUCAUUAGGCACGGGUGAGGACAAGCACGAAGAGAAGUAUACGGCAGCCAGUGCCUCCAAAUGGGGCAAGUUUCGUUGGGUGUAUGACAAGCACAGUCGCGCCACUCCAUUCCUCGACAUAUAUGGCGAUGCAAGUUCUGAUAUGGUUGACUUUUACGUGUCCGCCCUCUUCCACGCCCACGACCGUAGAAACAACUACCUCCGUAUUCAGGAUGACAAUUUGACUGGAGAUGCGCAGUCUGUUGACAUUGCGACCACCGAGAAUCUGCAAAGGCUGGAGGAGAUCGGAAAGGAGCUGUUGAAGAAGCCAGUGUCAAGAGUGAAUUUGGACACUGGCAGGUUUGAGGAAAUUAAGGACGGGGGUACUAACAAAGAAGCACUUGCCUACUUCGCCAAGCUGCUUGUGGAGGAAAGGAAGCUCAGGCAAAACCAGUGAAGGUCCCCGAGGAAUAUGAUUUUACUGUAUUGGGGUUGAUUUAAAACUCUCAAUAAUAUCUUCUCCUUUUCUUCCCACAAAAAAAAGUGAGAUUACAAUGAAA